AUGAUUUAUUUCUAUAAAAUAACAAUCAUCUCAUACACAUUAAUCUCGUUGUGUGUCAUCUAUUUCAUUGAAAUAGUUAAAACUAUUACAACCAAAGAUUGCCUCAAACUCAAAGUAAUGCAUAGUUUCACAUGUCGAUACAAAUUUUGUUUUGUCCUUUUAUCCCAAGAAAAUAAAAAUUAA